ACUCUGCCUGCCAUUUUGUAAGAUAGAAGGGUGAUAAUAAAAAGUUUUAUGGUUUUAAAAUUUUUAAAAAGCUUAUUUGCCAGUUUUAUUAGGGCCCAUAACAAAUGUUUAAAUGGACGCUGCGUCCAUAAUAACUCAGGUGUCACGGGAUGACGAGCAGUUAAACAACUAUGGAUCUGAUAGAGGAGCUACUACUGGCGGCCAACAUGAGGGAGAUGGAACACCAGUAUCAGGUUCCACUCCCAUUGGGACUAAGAAGUCAAGUGGUACGGGUGGAUUCCUUCGAUCGUUAUUGUGUUGUUGGCGUGGUGGACGAGGAAAGGGCCCACCUAGUGGAAAUGGCACAAAUAGUAUUGAUGGCAGGGCUUCACCUCCACUCCUUGUUAUGUCCGACCAUGCACCGAGACCGUUACUUCCACCUGUGCGACAUCAGGACAUGCACAAAAAAUGUAUGGUGAUAGAUCUUGAUGAAACAUUAGUCCACAGUUCUUUUAAGCCAAUAAAUAACGCAGACUUUGUGGUACCGGUGGAAAUAGACGGCGCGGUCCAUCAGGUGUAUGUGCUUAAGAGGCCGCACGUUGACGAGUUUCUGCGGCGCUGUGGGGAAUUGUAUGAAUGUGUGCUUUUCACCGCAUCUUUGGCUAAAUACGCGGAUCCCGUAGCUGAUCUUCUGGAUAGAUGGGGCGUAUUCCGAGCGCGAUUGUUCCGUGACAGUUGCGUGUUUCACAGAGGGAACUAUGUGAAAGACCUGAACAGUUUAGGCAGAGAUCUGCGACGCGUCGUUAUUGUCGACAACUCGCCAGCUUCAUACAUAUUCCAUCCUGAUAACGCUGUACCUGUCGCGUCAUGGUUCGACGACAUGACCGAUUCAGAACUAUUGGACUUAAUACCGUUUUUCGAGAAAUUAAGCAAGGUUGACAGUGUUUAUACAGUGCUCCGCAAUUCAAACCAUCCGUACAAUCCCACGCAGAACGCCUCCCCUUCCAUGUAGCGGACAGUGCGUGCGAGCCCGCAGUGCGUGCGCACGUAUACGCUCGAUUGUAUGAACUACGACAAUACGAAGUGCGAAGAAACGUGUUUUAACAGUUACGAAAGCUUGAAGUGCGCAUACGCGUACGAAUCGCACGUACGCGCAUACGAUACGUGUAUAACCCAAGUCUUGAAGGAAACACGUAUACACCAGUCGCGUGUCUACCACCAGUGUCCCACCGAUCGCGAUUUAGCCAACAUACAGACGCACAGGCCGUUUAUAGCGUUCAUACAAACGAUAAUAAACAAAGGAGCGAACUUCGUCUUAAGUGCCAAUUUUGCCUUCUGGAUAGUAAGGACUUUGUUUGUACCUAUUUUACAGUUUAGGUAUUUCUUAGUACGUAAGUGGUCGGUGUGAUUUCACGGCUUGCGACGAAUCCCCGCUGUAGGAAUAUCGAUUUUAUCUUUUUAUAUCGUGCUUGGGAUCAAAUAUGAGUAAGUUUCACCCUCCUUGUAUAUAGGGUGUCCAUAAAUCGGUAUUAAUAGGCAAUAAAUUUUAUUCUCAAUAUAUUUUAACAUGACUAGAUGUAAACUUUGAUUUACGCCAAUAAUACACCUUUAUUUAAGGUAUUUUACUAACUAGAAUUUUGUUAACUCAACAUGACUGGUUCUGUUAUCAUAACCACAUAACAUCGAGUUAAGUAAAACAAUGUAAAAAUUCGCGUUUAUAACCUUUUAGAUGAAUACGUACAGCCAAACCAUCAAAGAAUCGUGUUUGGAACACCCUGUAUACAAUAAUGUUACGAAUUUUCGCGAUUCGACUGUUAUUAUAAGUCAUACGUGUAAAUAACAUUGAAAAUCUUAAUAGCUUACGGUACAUUGUGUUGUGUAAAUAAGCAAUAGAUUAAAAUUCAAGUAUCAAGAUUUUUGCACAGAUAAGACCGAAAUUACAUUAUCAUAAGGAGUUUUCUCGUAAUUAUUACAUAUUUUACUGCGUACUAAAAUGACUAUGAACUGAAAUCAACGGAUUUUGAUACUUUCCCGAGCUACAUAUUCCAAUUUAAUUAUAAGCUGUGGGUAUUAUGAAUAUGUAAUUUUGGUCAAGAUUAUCACAAAAGCAUUAUGUGAUCGCAAUACGUUUUUUUCAUAUUUUUCUUGACAAUAAUGUGAAUAUCGAUGUCAUGUCUUAAUGUUAGAAUAAAUCAUGAAGUCAUAGAACGGGUGAAUUUACGUGUUAGAUUCUAUAAAUGAGAAUUGCCGUCUCUCUCUAUACUAUAACUUAGAGUGGGACGGCAGACCUUUAAAAUUUCUAUCUAAAUAGAUUUUAUACUUUUCAAAGCUUAACAUUUUAUGUAAACAACGUAAAAUAUUAACACAGUAUUAACUAGAUAAGAAUUCGAUGCCAUGAAAUAUAGAACCGUACGGUUUAAAUAUAUUUUUACACAAUAUAAGAGAGAAAACGUCUUUCGCUUUUAAUAUAAAAUCAUUCUAUAAAGCAUUCUAAUGGUUGUCGUGAAACGCACGAAUCGAAUUCCCAAGUGAUUGGCGAAAUUUCUGAUAAUCCCUAAGUAAGAUUUGAUAAGUAUGAAUUUGAUGGUGCUUGCAGUAUUAUUAAGCAACGUGUGUUUCGAUUAACGCACAUUUGGCACUAAAUUUAAAACUGCAGCUUUCUUUGACGGCGCGCGAAUUAUUUAUUAUAUUUUUAUUUUGCUUAGCAAAUCAUGAUUUUAUCGUUUGAGCAAUAUAUUUCUGUAGAUGUAAAUAAGAUUUUUUUUUAUUGAUCGUUUUUAGAACGGUUUUGACGAUUCAUUUACUAAUUUAUGUAAAUGUUUGUUAUUUAGUGACUACGGUGUAUGUAUAUACCCUUUAUACUAGGUUCUAUCUGUAGUUUGUAACCUCUUAACAUAUACAGUGACCUGUAAUCCACAUUAUUAUUUGCCUUUAAGCGUUUAGAUGUUAAGGCGUUUUUCAGAUGCACUAAUGUUAUACGUGAAAAUUUAUCGUAGAUUUAUACGAAUGUAAUGAAAUAAGCACAAAGGUCGUACCUACGCGUCUACGUUAUUAUAGGCGUACGUGUACGUGCACGCAUAAACUUGUCACUGAGUGUGAGUCACCUCGUCUUCACCAUAUAUACAGAUACCGGCAAACUUCUUGAGCAUUAAACAAGGGAGUGGGGGAAAGUUUGCGCAUCGUACACAUCCCGGGACACAAACGUCAACUGAUUUACAAAUCAC